UUCCCGGCUGGAUCUUCGGCGGCUCACGCUCCUCCUCCUGCUCCUCACCGCCCCGCCUCGGCCCGCCGCGGCCCGGUACCAGCGUGUGGUCCCGCCGACGGAGCCGUCCGUGCCUCGUGCUCCCAGGACUGCGGUGCUGCGCGCUCGUGGUGCGUGGCAGUGCUCAUGGCGAUGGAUCGAGUGAACGCGCUGUGCGAGCAGCUGGUGAAAGCGGUGACGAUCAUGAUGGACCCCAGCUCCACCCAGCGUUACCGGCUGGAAGCCCUCAAGUUUUGUGAGGAGUUUAAAGAAAAGUGCCCUGUCUGUGUCCCUUGUGGUUUGCGGUUGGCUGAGAAAACACAAAUUGCCAUCGUCAGACAUUUUGGCCUUCAGAUCCUGGAACACGUUGUCAAGUUUCGUUGGAACAACAUGUCUCGAUUGGAGAAGGUCUAUCUGAAGAACAGUGUCAUGGAGCUGAUCGCAAAUGGAACACUGAACAUUUUGGAAGAGGAGAACCAUAUUAAAGAUGUUCUGUCUCGAAUUGUAGUAGAAAUGAUCAAACGGGAGUGGCCACAGCACUGGCCUGACAUGCUAGUAGAAUUGGACACUCUUUCCAAACAAGGGGAAACACAGACUGAAUUAGUGAUGUUCAUUCUUUUGCGGCUGGCAGAGGAUGUAGUGACCUUUCAGACACUACCCCCUCAAAGACGAAGGGAUAUCCAACAAACGUUAACCCAGAACAUGGAAAGAAUCUUCAGUUUUCUCCUUAACACACUUCAAGAAAAUGUAAACAAGUACCAGCAAGUGAAGACAGAUAAUUCUCAGGAGUCAAAGGCCCAAGCGAACUGUCGAGUAGGAGUCGCGGCACUGAACACUCUGGCAGGCUACAUUGACUGGGUGCCCAUGAGUCACAUUACUGCUGAGAACUGCAAACUCCUGGAGGUGCUGUGCCUGCUCCUGAACGAACAGGAACUUCAGCUGGGAGCAGCUGAGUGUCUUCUCAUCGCCGUCAGCAGGAAAGGCAAGUUGGAAGACCGGAAGCCCUUGAUGGUCUUAUUUGGAGAUGUUGCCAUGCAUUAUAUACUCUCCGCUGCACAGACCGCUGACGGAGGAGGCUUAGUCGAGAAACACUACGUCUUUCUGAAGAGACUGUGUCAGGUGUUGCGUGCUCUGGGCAACCAGCUGUGUGCAUUGUUGGGUGUGGAUUCUGAUGUAGAAAUACCAGCAAACUUUGGAAAAUACCUGGAAUCUUUUCUUGCUUUCACAACUCAUCCAAGUCAGUUUUUGCGCUCUUCAACUCAGAUGACUUGGGGAGCCCUCUUUCGACAUGAGAUCCUCUCCCGAGACCCUUUACUGUUAGCAAUAAUACCAAAAUAUCUGCGUGCUUCUAUGACUAACUUGGUCAAGAUGGGCUUUCCUUCUAAAACUGACAGCCCUAGCUGUGAAUACUCUCGAUUUGAUUUUGAUAGCGAUGAGGACUUCAAUGCUUUCUUCAACUCCUCUCGGGCCCAACAAGGAGAGGUAAUAAGGUUAGCAUGUCGUUUGGAUCCCAAGACUAGCUUUCAGAUGUCUGGGGAGUGGCUAAAGUAUCAGCUCUCAACUUCUAUUGACCCUGGCUCCAUGAACUCUGGACCUGGAGAAAGCAGCCUCUGCUCCAUAUUCUCACCAUCAUUUGUGCAGUGGGAAGCCAUGACCUUUUUUUUGGAAAGUGUGAUCAAUCAGAUGUUUCGAACGCUGGACAAAGAAGAAAUUCCUGUUAAUGAUGGAGUAGAGCUAUUGCAAAUGGUUCUGAACUUUGACACCAAGGAUCCCCUCAUCCUGUCCUGUGUCCUCACUAACGUCUCAGCACUGUUUCCAUUUGUCACCUACAGACCAGAGUUCCUGCCCCAGGUCUUCUCUAAGCUGUUUUCAUCUGUCACUUUUGAAAUUGUUGAAGAAAGUAAGGCUCCCAGGACCCGGGCGGUGAGGAAUGUGAGGAGACACGCAUGUUCCUCCAUCAUCAAGAUGUGUCGUGACUACCCCCAGCUCGUGCUGCCCAGCUUUGACAUGCUAUACAACCACGUGAAGCAGCUGCUCUCCAACGAGCUGCUCCUGACGCAGAUGGAGAAGUGUGCCCUCAUGGAAGCCCUGGUUCUCAUCAGCAACCAGUUCAAGAACUACGAGCGUCAGAAGGUGUUCCUUGAGGAGCUGAUGGCCCCCGUAGCCAGCAUCUGGCUUUCUGAAAACAUGCACAGAGUGCUCUCAGAUGUUGAUGCUUUUAUUGCCUAUGUGGGUGCUGAUCGGAAAAACUGUGACCCGGGCCUGGAGGAUCCCUGUGGCUUAAACCGAGCACGAAUGAGCUUUUGUGUUUAUAGCAUCCUGGGUGUUAUGAAACGAACUUGCUGGCCCACUGACCUAGAAGAGGCCAAAGCUGGGGGAUUCGUGGUGGCUUAUACGCCCACUGGGAACCCAGUAUUCCGUAACCCCUGCACAGAGCAGAUCCUGAAACUUCUUGACAAUUUGCUUGCCCUUAUAAGAACUCACAAUACAUUAUACGCACCAGAAAUGCUAGCCAAAAUGGCAGAACCUUUCACAAGGGCUCUGGAUAUGCUUGAAGUGGAAAAAUCUGCUAUUUUAGGAUUACCUCAGCCUCUCCUGGAACUGAAUGACUCUCCUGUCUACAAAACGGUCUUGGAAAGAAUGCAGCGUUUCUUCUGCACCCUCUAUGAAAACUGUUUCCAUAUCCUCGGGAAGGCAGGCCCUUCCAUGCAGCAGGACUUCUACACUGUGGAGCACCUGGCCACCCAGCUCCUCAGCUCUGCCUUCGUCAACUUGAACAAUAUUCCUGACUACCGACUCAGACCCAUGCUUCGGGUCUUUGUGAAGCCUCUGGUGCUCUUCUGUCCCCCGGAGCACUAUGAAGCCCUGGUGUCUCCCAUCCUUGGACCUCUUUUCACCUACCUCCACGUGAGGCUUUCCCAAAAAUGGCAAGUCAUCAACCAGAGGAGCCUGCUUUGUGGAGAAGAUGAGACAACAGAUGAAAACCCAGAGUCUCAAGAGAUGCUGGAGGAACAACUGGUGAGGAUGUUAACCCGAGAAGUCAUGGACCUGAUCACCGUGUGCUGUGUUUCAAAGAAAGGUGCUGACCAUACUGCUGCUCCCCCUGCAGAUGGAGAUGAUGAAGAGAUGAUGGCCACGGAGGUAGCCCCCUCAGCCAUGGCGGAGCUUACAGACCUGGGGAAAUGCCUGAUGAAGCAUGAGGAUGUUUGUACAGCGCUGUUAAUUACGGCCUUCAACUCCCUGGCCUGGAAGGACACUCUGUCCUGCCAGAGGACGACCACACAGCUCUGCUGGCCUCUCCUCAAACAAGUGCUGUCGGGGACACUGCUCGCGGAUGCUGUUACAUGGCUGUUCACCAGCGUGCUGAAGGGCUUACAGACACAUGGGCAGCACGACGGCUGCAUGGCUUCCCUGGUCCACCUGGCCUUCCAGAUAUAUGAGGCGCUGCGGCCCAGGUACCUGGAGAUAAGAGCUGUGAUGGAGCAGAUUCCAGAAAUUCAGAAGGACUGUCUGGACCAGUUUGACUGCAAGCUGUUGAACCCCUCUCUGCAGAAAGUGGCUGACAAGCGCCGGAAGGACCAAUUCAAGCGCCUCAUUGCUGGGUGCAUUGGGAAACCUCUGGGCGAGCAAUUCCGGAAAGAAGUUCACAUUAAGAAUCUUCCCUCACUUUUCAAAAAACCAAAGCCAAUGCCAGAGACAGAUGCGCUGGACGAGGAGGGCGGCCUGGCCACCAUCUUUGAACCCUAAAUCAAGCUGUUGCGCAUCCUCCCUCGA